AAAUUGCUCCCUUCCCUUGCGACCUCUCUCGAGGACAUCUUUACCCACUGGGAAAAAACUCCCCCAAACUCCAAGAGAAGAAAGGUGAGUGAUGAGGAGGCAGCCAUCCCAGAAAAGAUCAGAGUUCCUGAUCCUGUGAGCAGCUCUGAGAGCUCAGAGAAAGAAGAGGAUGAGAAAGAGAAGGCGAAAGCGGCAAAUGCAGCCAGCCUGCCUCUGGCCACGAACUCAGGAGUGAAUGUAGAAAGCAGUGAGGAGGAUGACUCCUCGUCAGAAGAGGAAGCACCAGCUGGGAAAAGUGCAGUGACGGUGACACCAGCUGUGGUGGGUGGCAAAGCUGCCAACUCCCUGCAUUCUCCUUCCAAACCCCCUGCCCCAACAGGCAGGGCAGCAGUGGUCCCUGCUGCCAACAGAACUGUGCUCUCAAAUAAGCAGCAGCCCAGUGCAUCAUCUGCAGCUCCGUCCAAGGGCCAGAAACUACCUGGUCCUGGGAAGCCUGGACAUGCUGCAGCAGCCAUGGCCAAAGUAGGUCAAAGCAAAGCACCAGUAACGACCAAAGCACCAGAAAGUUCCAGCAGCAGCAGCUCUUCAUCAGAGAGCGAGGAGGAAAAGGAAAUGCCGACUGCGAAGGCCCCAGCCCCCAAAGAGGAGCUGAAGCAGGCAGCCAGGGCUGCUGAGAGCAGCAGUGAGGAAUCAAGUGAUGAGACAUCCUCUGAGGAGGAGCAGGCAGCUCCAGCCGUCCAGACAAAACCAGCUGUGAAAACAGUGCCGGUUGAUGCAACACCUGUGAAAAGUGCACCUGCUACUUCAGUGUCCCUCAAGAAGAAUGCAGUGAAGCAAACAGCACUGGCACCAAGCCAGACCAAACCUGCACCCACAACGGUUCCUGAGGCUGCACAGCCCAGUGACACAUCAGAGAGCAGCGACUCAUCAGACAGCGAAGUUGAGGUACAUCCAUCAGUAACCCAAACAAAGCCACCUCCGAAAUGCCCCCAGUCCAUCCCAUCCCCAGUGAAACCUGCACCAGCAGCAUCACUUUCCAUCAAAUCAACUCCAGCAAAAUCACUUCCAUUGUCCCAAGGGAAGCCAGCACCAAAAACAGCAGUGCCAAAGCAGGCCAAAGCCCCUCUGGGAAGGACUGCUGCUCCCACAAAGCCUGCUCAAAGUAUAAAGUCAGCAGAGAGCUCUGACUCUUCAAGCAGUGAAGAGGAGGAUCUGCCUGUGCCCAUCAGCCAGAAGAGGUUAUCAGAACAAUCUGAGCCUGUUCCCAGCCUGAGCCAGGCUGCUAAAGCUGGGCCACCUGAAAAAGCAGUGGGAAGCACCUUGAAUAGCAAGGUCUCAGAAAGUGAAAGCACAUCUGACAGCGAAGAGGAGUCCCCUGCGGCACAGAAACAGCCUGCUUUUCCUGCAGUGAAAACCAAUUCUGUGUCCCAGCCAGCACCUGUGAAGAAGGCAUUGGCUUUUGCACCAGCCACAGUCCCUCCACCUGUGGCCAACAGUGAUGAUUCCAGUGAGGAGUCUGAUUCAGAGGAGGAAAUAGUGCCCCCUUCUCAGUCUUCCACUGCUUCUACCCUAAAGCAAACGGUUCCUGUGGGAAAAACUCCAGCCACCACUGCCACCCUGCAGGCUGCUUCACUCCUGGGAAGUUCCACUGCCAAGGCAAAGAAGCCAGACCUGCAGCCAGUGGAGGACACCCAGCUGAACAAGGCCGUGCCGCCCACCCAAGCAGAGAACACCUCAGACAGCAGCAGCUCCUCCGACAGCGACGAGGAGGAGACAUCCAAGCAGCCUCACAAACCUGGCUCACUGCAGAAACCAGGAGAGACCCAGCCAGCCCACAGCUCCUCAGAGUCCAGUGAAGAGGAGGAGGAGGAGGCAGCAUCACAGUCUCUCCUCACAGGCUAUCCGGGCCUCUCCAAGACCCCAGCAGCACCCCAGGCACCAAAGACAGUUCCCUCCCAGCCUGCAGGCCAAAUGGGGCCAGGGAAGGCAACCGUUACUGCUACUAACUCUCACGCCAAGUCCCUCCUGAAAGCAGCCCCAGCCAACAGCUCCAGCAGCGACAGCAGUGACUCUGACACAGAUGACAAGCAGGUGGCUGCAAACCACAAAGCAGAAAACAACCCCCCUCCAGGGACAGAAGCCACAAAAGCUACCAACAAAGAGAAGGCAGGAGGAAAAACAGAGUUAGGUCAUGCCAGCCCCAAACCUUCCCCACUCAAGAAAGCCCUGGCAGUGAACGAGAAUGAUGUUGGUGCAAAAGAGGUGCAAGUGACGCCAGCAUUGUCACAUGCCCUGCCCUCCGUCCCACAGUCAGAGGACUUGAGCUCAGGGAGCGAAACCGAGGUCACCACUGCUGCCAAAGUCCCUCCAGUGCAGACAGUGGAAGGGUUGGAAGCAAAGAAGAAGAAGAAGCAGAAAAAGGAGAAGAAAGAAAAGAAGGAAAAAAAGAAACCGUCCUCCAUGGCAGACAAGGCUGUGAAAACGUCGAAGAGCAAAGACAAAGAGAACAAGAAGCAGAAAACGUCUCGGAAGCGGAAACUGAUGGGAGAGGAUGGGGCUGUGGCGCAGCCCAAGGAGAAGAAACAGAAAGGGCAAGCUAAUGAAGAUGUGCCCAAAAAGAAAAAGAAGAAAGCAGAUGGUGACGUGGAAAAGAUGGCAGACAGCAAGGAAAAGAAAAAAACAGCUAAAAAAAAGAAGACCGGAAAAGAAAAGAAAAAGAGCAAAAAGGAAUCUUCAGAAGGGAAUCCUGUAGCAGAUGGCUCUGCUGAGGUUCACAAGAAAAAGAAGAAGAGGAAGAAAGCAUCUGAGUCUGAAGGAUUGUGA